AUGCCAACGGAGACCGACCGCGCAAGGGCCGCCUCCGUCGAUGGAGCGGAGAGCACCGCCGACGCCCGCGCAAGGGGAGACGGCGACCAGGAUGUCGCCGCAGCGGCGACCACGGAACAGGACGAGGCGUCGGAGCUGCUGAGGCUGCUCCGCGGCGUCGCCGGCCGACUGGAUAAGCUGGAGGAGUCCCAGGUGAAGCUCGAGAAGCGCCUUGAGACGCCCAAACAAGACCCGAAGCUCAUGGUGGACACGAGCCCCUUCGCGUCGGCCCUGGGACGCGGGUCGAGGAUGCACAUCGACUCAUUGAGCGGCACGCCGCAGACGCAGGCCCCUCGCCGGCCGACAGUUCACCCGCAGUAUUUCGGGCUGCGACACGCGGAUGUCGGGGUCCACGAGACGGGCAUGUCUGAGCUGCAAAGGCUCUUCGCGGAGGAGCACGCCGCCCAGGCUAAUCAAGAAGCACAGCAACCGCCUGCGGCGCCGGUACCAGCUCAAGCACAAGCCACGCCUGUGCAGAAUCAGCGGUUGGGCGUUCCGAUACCCGGACGCCCGUCAAAAGAAGCUUGCGAUCCGCCCGUUCGACGGCAAGGAGCUGUACGUCGGGCUGGGCUCCGGCUUCCUGGACUGGGGCAGAAGAUUCGAGCGGCAGGUGGCGCUCGGGCAGUCGGCGUGCGGCUUCGCGUGGUCUGA